AUGGGCAAUAGUCAGGGCAAACCCGUCGAGUUUGACGGUGAAGUGAACCUGAACCACUUCCGUCUGCUUAGAGUUGUCGGCCGAGGCGCUUUUGGCAAAGUACGCAUCGUUGAGAGGAAAGAUACGGGCCUGUCGUUUGCGCUCAAGUAUAUUCGAAAAGAUGAAGUCGUACGGUCAGAGAGCGUCCGCAACAUCAUCCGGGAGAGACGAAUGCUCGAGCAUGUCAACCAUCCGUUUAUCUGCAACUUGCGGUACAGCUUUCAAGACAUUGAAUACAUGUACCUGGUUGUCGAUCUCAUGAGUGGUGGUGACCUCCGAUUCCACAUAUCGAGAAAAACCUUCACCGAGGAGGCAGUUAGGUUUUGGAUAGCGGAGCUGGGCUGCGCCCUGAGGUAUAUCCAUGGGCAAGGUAUCAUCCACCGGGACGUGAAGCCGGACAAUGUGCUACUUGAUGCCGACGGCCACGUACAUUUAACAGACUUCAAUGUCGCUUCGGAUAUUGUGCCAGGCAAGAUCCUGACUAGCAAAUCGGGAACGCUGGCCUAUCUAGCACCAGAAGUCUACGCGGGGCAAGGCUACGAUGUCAGAGCUGAUUGGUGGUCACUUGGCGUUCUGUUUUACGAAUGCAUCUACAACAAGAGGCCGUUUGAAGGCAAUUCUGAGACGUCCUUGAGUGGCCAGAUCAAGGCUGCCAAACCGAAGUUUCCGGUUACCAACCCCCCGGUAUCACUACCUUGCAUGUAUGCCAUCAAAGAUGCUCUGGAGCAGGAUCCGAAUAAGCGUCUUGGAUCUACAUGGGAGAGCUUCACUGGCCACGAGUUCUUCUCUUGCAUCGACUUCGUGGCCCUGGAACGCAAGGAGAUCGAGCCCGUUUUCGUGCCAUCCUCCGAGAAGACAAAUUUUGACGCGACCUACGAUCUAGAGGAGCUGCUGCUGGAGGAGGCACCGCUCGAGGCCCGCGCGCGAAGGCAAAAGCCAAGGGAGAGAUUAAAAGAUGAUGCGACGGACAAGGAAAUACGGGAGGACGAGCUCUACCGCAUGAUUGAGACCGACUUCCGCCCGUUUGAUUACACAGUCGCGGCUUACAAGAAGAUUAAGCAGCAACAACAGGAAUGCACAGAGGCUCAGGGCAAUGUUGCGGCAGAGGAUCUUCAGCCUCGAGCCCUGACAACCGAUGAAGCCACGCCCAGCCCAGUUCCCAACGACACCUCAACAAAGUCGGGGCCUGAACAACAACAGCAGGCUCCUACGGGCAGCAACAACAACAGCAACAACCGCAAUACCAGUUCCACCAGCGGCAGCGGGAGCAACAAACUCCAGCGGCCGCAGAACAGCAGCAGCCAACAACGGCGCGGCACGACCGGCCGGCCGGCCCCGCUCGCUCCCUACCCACAGACGUACAGCGCAGGCAGCGGGCGACCCGGACGACCCGGGGCGCCGGGGAUGAUUGUGGAGAGCCCGACGGGCGGGGUACAGGUGACGCUGGACGGCGGCAGCAGCUGGAGCGACCUGGCGCGGCAAGACGCGACGCUGCCCGCCGACGCGAGCGGCGCCAACAACGACCUGCUCGGCGUCGGCCCCGGCGGCAAGGAAAGCUCCGGCGGCGUGUUUGGCUUCCUCCGGGGCAAGAAGGGCCGCGGGAACAGCCCCAAGCCCAAGGAGCGCGGCGUCCUUGGCAAGGAAGGCGCCCGUGUGGUUAUCGGUUAA